ACCAUUGAAGUUGGUACUGACCCUUAUGUAAGGGUCUUUCGUGCGCAUAUGGUCAUUUUAUAUUAUCGUUCUCCUUAUUUACGAAGAAUUUUAUCAACUAAUAAAAAGAAAGAUGAUGAGACUUUGUCACAUAUCAAAUUAUCAAAUAUUUCUCCUGAAAUUUUUGAAAUCAUUUUAAGAUAUAUUUAUGGCGGAAAGAUUUCUUUAAAUGAUUAUGAUAAUUCAGAUAUAAUUAAGGUCUUGGUUGCUGCUAAUGAACUUAAUCUUCAAGAAUUAGUCAUUUAUUUACAAUCCUUUUUGAUUAAAAAUAAAAAAACUUGGAUGGAGGAAAAUUUUAAUUUCGUUUAUAAAACAAGUUUUGAAAAUAAUUCAUUCUCUGAACUUCAAAAUUAUUGUACUGGGUUAAUAACUGAAGAACCGGAUAAGAUUUUUAAAUCUCCUGAUUUCACUUCAAUUCCGGAAAAUCUUUUGAUUUCAAUUGUACAAAAUGAUAAUCUUAAAACUAGCGAAGUUCAUAUUUGGGAAAAUGUACUUAAAUGGGGUUUUGCUCAAAAUCCUGAACUUCCUUCUGAAAUCGCAAACUUUUCAAAUGAUGAUCUUAAUACUUUAAAGAAUACAUUAAAACAAUGUAUUCCUUUUAUAAGACUUUACGACUUAACUUCUAAAGAAUUUGUUGACAAAGUAUUUCCUUAUAGAGAAAUUCUUCCCGAAGGAUUAUGUGCAUAUUUAUUGGAAACUUUUUUAACUCUUUCGAAUCCUGAAAGUCGUGGCGUUGAACGAAAUGAUCGUGGAAGAAAUGAUAAGGUUGAAGAUAAAGAUGAUACAAAGUGGAGAAAUUUUCGUGAUCGUAGGUCUGAGGAAAGAUAUGAUAAUCAUCACAAUUCAAUGCGAAAAUAUGAUAUCCGUCCAUCAUCAGAAUCGAAAGCUGAAAACUCUAAUAAUAUUCGUACAUUAACAACUAAUACUUAUACUUCUCUACCAAUGCGAAAAAAACUUGAGCUUAAACCAAGAAGUUCAGCUGCUCCAAAUGAAAAUGUUGCUUCCCGACCAUCCAAACCAAAUCCAUUUGGCGAAGCUAAACCAAUAGAUACAGAUGAAGCGUUUCGAAGAGUAGAAGAACGAAGAAGAAAGCAAAAGAAGAGAAAUGUAGAUGACUACUGGUUUUAAGAAUGGCAAUGCUUAGAUAAUGUG